CGAUUAUUUAAUUUUUAUUAUUCUCUGUGUCAAGCCCACGCAGGCACGCACCUUCCUCCUCCCCGUCAGAAACACGACACGAACCAAUCACCAAAAUUUAUAAUCCUCAUUGAUUCUCCCAAUCUCACUCCAAUUUCUGCAAAAUUAAAGCUUCUUUGAUUCAUUUCCCAUAUCUAGUUUUGCUCAGAUUGCUCCAACAUUACCGAUCCUGAGAACACGUUCUGGUCCUUGUGUGAGCUUGUCACUGGCUAUUUUAGAAUUUGGUGAAUGUGAUAAUGGGUAGCAGCGAGAUGGAGAAAUCGGGUAAAGAGAACGAACCUAAGACUCCACCACCUUCUUCUUCUUCUGCUCCUGCUCCUGCUGCUUCACAGGAACCUUCUUCUGCUGUUAGUGCUGGAAUGGCUACUCCAGAUUGGUCUGGUUUCCAGGCUUAUUCUCCUAUGCCGCCUCAUGGCUAUGUGGCAUCAAGUCCUCAACCUCACCCUUAUAUGUGGGGCGUUCAGCAUAUGAUGCCUCCUUAUGGAACACCGCCUCAUCCAUAUGUUGCGAUGUAUCCUCCAGGUGGAAUGUACGGCCAUCCUUCAUUGCCUCCGGGGUCUUAUCCAUACAGUCCUUAUGCAAUGCCUUCUCCUAAUGGAAUGGCUGAAGCUUCUGGAAAUAAUGGAAGCGGCAUUGAGGGCGAGGCCGCUAAACAAUCUGAGGUGAAGGAAAAGUUGCCAAUCAAAAGAUCUAAAGGAAGCUUGGGAAGUUUGAAUAUGAUUAUAGGGAAGAACAACGAGACUGGGAAAAACUCAGGAGCAUCAGCUAAUGGAGCCUGCUCUAAAAGGCAUGUUUGUUUUUGGUUUUACAGUGCUGAGAGCGUCUCUGAUGGUUCAAGUGAAGGAAGUGAUGCAAAUUCACAAAACGACUCUGGAUCUAGACACAAUGGGAAAGAUGAUGGUGAAACGGCUUCAGAUUCUGGGCAUGGACCACCUCGUAAUGGAAGUAAUCUACCGGUGAACCAAAUCGUCCCGAUCAUGCCAGUUUCAGCUACAGGUGUUACAGGACCACCAACAAAUCUGAAUAUCGGAAUGGAUUAUUGGAGCGGACAUGGGAAUGUUUCUACAUCAGUUCCUGGAGUUGCAGUAGAUGGUUCCCAGUCACAACCGUGGUUUCAGGACGAGAGAGAGCUUAAGCGACAGAGACGGAAACAAUCCAAUAGGGAGUCUGCUCGUAGAUCCAGGUUGCGUAAACAGGCGGAAUGUGAUGAGCUAGCACAACGAGCAGAAGUGUUGAAUGUAGAAAACGCAAGUCUUAGAGCAGAGAUUAACAAGCUUAAAAGCCAAUACGAAGAGCUUCUUGCUGAAAACAGCUCUCUAAAGAAUCGAUUUUCGACAGUCCCAUCGCUGGAAGGAGUAAACUUGGACAAGAAUGAGCAAGAACCAGAGACAAGCACACGUCAGGAUGUUGCAGAGACCAAUCUUGGUUCCUACAACAACUCAGCCUGACUAAAAAAACAGCAGCUAACAGUUCUAUGUAAUUUUUUAGGAAGCUGUCUCGUUAGUGUUUAAGCUUAAUGGUACGUUUUAAGUAGUAUAAAAAUGCUCUCUUCAUUAACAAAGUGUGUAUAUUUCGUACCCAUUUUCGUCUUUGAUCAAAUAGGCUAGACGCUUGAGUUUAUAGCCAUUGCGUUUGGGUCGAUUACUGAAACGCAAACGCUAAUGUUCAUCUUUCUCUAAACCCUUUUUGUUUGUAGAAAUGUUAAUCGGUUGAUCAUAUCAAUUGAAAUCAUGAUUUUCAUCUCAGAA